AUGUUACUAAUCUUAGAAAACAAUGACAAGUUAAUUGACCCGGAAUAUUAUGAUAGUUGGGUACGUGCAGAGAUACCUUCUAAAGAAGUAGAACCCCACCUACAUGAUGCAGUGUUAAAACAUAUGAUUCAUGGUCCUUGCGGAAUACUUGAUCAAUCUUCACCCUGCAUGAAAAAUGACCAAUAUAAACGCAACUACCCACAAGAGUUCACAGCAGAAACACAAAGAGGUGACGGCUCAUAUCCGCAAUAUAAGCAACGAUUCGACAUACCAGUACCGAUUAACCAAAAUAUCACAGUUGAUAAUAGAUGGGUAGUUCCGUACAACCCUUGGCUACUACUAAAGUAUGAUUGCCAUAUUAAUGUUGAGAUAUGUAGUAGCAUCAAGAGUAUAAAGUAUCUCUACAAGUAUUGCUACAAGGGUCCAAAUCGGGUUGCAAUGGAAGUUCACAACGGUUCUAAUGUUGAUGAGGUCCAAUAG